AUGUCAGAAGGACAAGAGGGACACCAAUUGAAGAAGUUUUUAAACAAGAUCAGCGGACAACCAUCGUCGUAUUCGCGCAAGAACAAGUAUACGUUUGGUAAGACGUUAGGAGCCGGAUCGUUUGGGAUAGUAAGAUACGCCAGGGAUAAUGAAAGUAAUGAAGAAGUUGCGGUUAAGAUAAUAUUGAAAAAAGCCUUGAAGGGGAAUGAAGCGUUUGUGAUUGAUGAAUUGAGAUUGUUGCAGGAAUUGAAACACCCACAUAUAGUUGGAUUUCGAGAUUGGUUUGAAAGUAAAGAUAAGUUUUAUAUAGUGACUCAAUUAGCCACUGGGGGAGAAUUAUUUGAUCGAAUUAUUCAACAGGGGAGAUUCACCGAACACGAUGCUUCUUUGGUUAUUAUACAAAUGUUAGAGGCAUUGAAGUAUUUGCACGAUAAGAAUAUUGUUCACCGAGAUUUGAAACCGGAAAAUAUUUUGUAUAUUACGCCCGAAGAUAAUUCCAAUGUUGUAUUAGCGGAUUUUGGAAUUGCCAAAAGAUUAGAGAACCCCGAUGAAAAAUUAACUUCCAGUGCCGGAUCAUUUGGAUACGCUGCCCCUGAAGUUAUAAUAGGAACCGGACACGGUAAACCGUGUGAUGUGUGGUCCUUGGGGGUAAUUACCUAUACAUUAUUAUGUGGAUAUUCACCAUUUAGAAGUGAAAAUGUGCAAGAUUUUAUAAAUGAAGUUAAAAAUAAUAACGCGGUAAUUUUCCAUGCUGAUUAUUGGAAAGAUGUUUCCAAAGAUGCUCGUAGGUUUAUUAUCAAGACAUUACAAUUUAAUCCUGAUAACAGACCUCCAGUUGAUCAAUUAUUAGCUGAUCCAUGGUUAGUUUCAAUUGCUGCUGAACAUAAAGAUACUGAUUUAUUACCAAAUUUGAAACAAGGAUUUGAUGCAAAAUUAAAAUUCAAACAAGCAAUCGAAUUAGUCAAAUUACAUAAUCGCGUUAAGAAAUUGAAAGAAUACCAAACUGAAGACGACGAUGAUCCAAAUGAAAUCAAUUUAUUUAAUGAAGAAGGUUUAGUUGAUAAGAGGGAUGAAGUCUCCGAAGAUACUUCUUCCCUAUCGAAUUGGAAAAAAUUAAGAGAGGCAAUUAACUCAAUUGGUAAAGACGAGAAUGAAAACAUUAAUGACCUUUCAAAAUCAAGCUUAUCAAGUAUCAAAAGCCCUUACGAUAAAAAAUCAAAUCUCACUAGUGAAGCAUUUAUCCAAUUAGUCCAUGCAGCUAGCGAAAAUAAAGAGCGGGUUAAUAAUUAUAAAGAAAAUUAG